AUGUCAACGAAACAUCUUGAACAGAAUCAACUGAUUAGGUGCCAUUUAUGUCAACGAAAUUACAACAGCGAAGUUUAUAAACGGCAUAUUAAUGAGAGUCAAUGUAUCAAACGAAAUCAGCAUCGAUUACCGUUUGAAUCGAUAAGACAACGGUCGAUUCAGAUCGGUGAUAAAAUAUUUUCUGUGCAACAACAAUUCCAACAGAAGAAACAAGAAGUUCAAUUGCUAAACAAUGGAGAAAAUGGCAAACAACAGAUAUCAUCCAGUAGUAAAAAGUUAUAUCAAGAGAAAAUUCCGAAAGUCGCACUUUCGAAUGCUCGUCGCCGAACACUUGAACAAGCCAGACAAUUAUUAGAACGACGAACAAAGUAUCAACCACCAUGGGUACACAAACAAUCGCAUUAUCUGUACAAGUUGCCAGCACAACUCAAUCGAAUGAAUACCAUCACGCUUCCACCGAAGAGUACAAAUCCAAGAGCGAAAUUCAAAAAUGAACAUGCACCAAACAAAGUCACCGAUAUUCAUUCAGUAUCUGUGAAACAACCUAUACAAACUUACUCGCCAAAGUUACCCAUUUCUCAUACAUCUACGAAUUCUAUCGAGCAAACUAAUUCUGCAUGUCAUUCAACGCGAAAAGUUUCAACAUGGACUCGACCGUUGCAACCGUCAGCUGUUCGAAAUGUCAUUUCUCCCAUUCAUAUUCCAACAUUUCAAGAUUCAGCCUGUGGGGCAUCACAUGAUCAUCGAGUAGUACCACUAAAUUCGAAUAACAAUGAUGACGACGAUGAUGAAUUCGAACGAUACAGUCCAACUCCCCCGUCAACGCCCAAAUUUCAAUAUGAAAAAACAGAAAAUAAGAAUUACCGAAGUAUUUUUAGAAAAAAUGUAUCAAUCAAUGAACAAAAAACAACGAAACUACAAUCAGAUCAUUUUGAAAAACGUUGUCGACAAUCAACUUUUCAUUUACCACCAAUAAAACCCUCAUCCUACGCAAAACUCAAACAACAUCCGACAAUAAAUCUGACUCCAUGGCGUUAA